UCAUAUCAGUUUGUGAGAAAAUUUCACAAUAUUCGUUCCUAAGACAGGAACGAUCUAAUUCAACGAAAGAUAUAUCUGUUUUAGGCUGAAGGCCUAAUUUGUAGGUUCGCGUAGACGAUGUCAGAGAACUAAUAUUUAAAAAAAUCUAUAAAGUUAUUAAUUUAUCGAAAAAUGACGAUUUUAGCAUCGACUUUAAUGAUUCUCAGUAUCUGCGGAUGCUGGAGACCACCAUCCUGGUCAUUUUCAUAUUACAAAAAUCUUGUAUACAAUUUAUACAAUAUCUGUGUAAUUUUUCUAGUAUCGUCUUUAUCCUUAUCGCAAAUCAUUGGUAUUGCCUUAAACAUUUCGAGCGAUCUUUCCGAAGAAAUUUACAUAUCUUUGACGAUCGCUGUAUCUUGUUUAAAAAUGUUAACUUUUAAAUACAAUCAUAACGAUGUCGUCAAGUUAAUUAACGCUUUAGCAGAGGAACCAUACAGGCCAUCGGAUAAUGAAGAAAUUCAAAUUCAAUUGCAAUUUGAAAAAUUAGCACGGUUCAACACAAACGGUUAUACAUCGUUAAUUGGAUUUUCGGUGAGCAGCUACGUAUUUAUGUCUUUACUUACAGACCUCAGGGAAAAACAAUUAACUUUUCAAGUUUGGUUACCAUUUGACAGCACGACACCUGUUAUAUAUUACUUAACGUACACUCAACAAAUGUUAGGUAUGACAUUAGCCGGCUUUCUUAACGUCGCUCUAGAUUCUUUGAUCUGUGGCAUUUUUAUACAUAUUUGUUGUCAAAUCAAAAUUUUGGAAAAUCGUUUGAUGAAAAUCUCCAACGAACAGAAGGCACUUUUAAAAUUAUGUGUUCGUCAUCAUGAAUGCAUAUACAAAUUCGCAGAUAAAGUAAAUAAAAUAUUUGGAGUUAUAAUGUUCAUUCAGUUCUUCGGUAGCACAAUGACAGUCUCUUUUACGUUAUAUCAAUUGACAAAAAUAUCAUCAACUUCUGUCGAAUAUGCAAAAAUGUCGCUCUACAUGUAUUGCAUGUUAAUACAAAUUUAUCUCUACUGCUGGUAUGGAAAUUUAGUGACUUUAAAGAGCAAAGAAAUUAUCAACAAGAUCUUUGAAAUAAAUUGGACGAUACUUGACAAUAGCAUCAAGACUUCCUUAUUGAUUAUGAUGAAUCGUACUAUGAAUCCGAUCUCAUUAGUCGUUAUGAAAAUUUUCUCUCUGAAUCUCGAUUCAUUCAUCAGUAUAAUUAAAACUGCCUAUUCGGCUUAUAAUCUUUUACAGCAAACGCAAGAAUAA